AUGUGUAUGGAUGUUUUUAUGUGGGCUCUGAAAGGUACUGUUGAUAGUUUAGAGUCCGCCGUUAUGCCGUCGUUCAGGGAACUAUUGGUUGCGUUGGUUAAACGAUACAAGCAGCUUAAUUCAGUACGUUUAGUGACGUGGAGAAUCAUUUGGUAUACAGAAAACGGAAUGAAUACCGAUGACGGUCUGCAUGCCAGAGGCGCCAUUCACAUGGGUAUCGCCAGUUUGCUACACAUAUCACCAUGGUAUAGUUCACAUACCUUUCUCUCUCGUGCCAUAGCAUCACCACAAGCACUUCACUCUUGGAGCACCACUCGUUGUCGAGGAGCCACACUCUCUCUCCUUCCAUGCCAAACAUCAUCAUCACCAUCAUUAUGCUGCCAUCUUUGUAGAUAUCUUUCUCCUACCUGUACAAAAGUGAAACGAUGGAUCAGAAAUCUCCAAAUAUGGAACGGGGGCUUACCGGGUGGCAGUGUGGUUAGCUGGUUGUCAGCAUUUCGGACAACGGCUAUCAUCACUGCCGUCCUGUGCUUUGUGGAGGCGUUUCGAUUUCGAAUUCUGUUGUUGAAGCGAAGUGAACGCUCCAUGGACAUUUUGUUGGUAAACGAUCCAUUAAAAUUUGAAGUAGACUCGAAGAAUGCAGCGUUGGACCGGUGGCAUAGAUUUUACUGGGAUGCAUGUAGAGAUAAUCGGUUACCUUCACCUUGGCGGACUGACGUCCAUGAAUUAUGCAGAAAAGAUAAAAAUGAUGGAGAAAUUGGGGAACAUGGAUUUCAAGAACACUUAGCGCCGGUUUUAAUGGAUCGCACAGUUCGAGCACACUGUCGUGAUGCUGUGCAAGCUGCAUAG